AUGUCCCUGGAGGCUCGUUAUAAGCGCUUCCUGUCCUACAGAGCAGAUGCCCGCAAGUUCACCCCAUUCUGGCACGUAACAGUUCCGGAUUUCGUGAAACCACACCCCAAACCCAUUGACCUCGGCGCGGGUAUGCCCAACGAAGGCCUGUUCCCUGUGGAAUCCGUGCAUUUGAAUGUCCUGGACCACCCUUUUGAGCACCAAGACUACGGCUUCAGAUCGCCCAGACUGCAUCGUGACCACGAUUCGCGGCCCCCCAAGGAAACCUCCGACGCUGGAAAACCUGCCCCUCACAACGAGCGCGAUUUGGUGUCCCAGAAGUUUUCUGAUGGGUCCAUGGUUGACAUCUGGCGCUACGAGCCCGCAGGCUCCUCUAGCAUCCCCAUCCAAUCCGGGUUCCAAUACAACCAAACCCGUGGUCUCACUCCAUUGGUGGACUUUUGCCGCGACUUCAUAUCCUCCGUGCACCCUCCUGCCUACGACGAAUGGGACCUGACUUUUGCCAAUGGAUCCUCAGAUUCUCUUUUCAAGGUCUUCGAGACCCUAUCCGACCAUUCCACCACCGUGCUUGUGGAGGAAUUCACCUUUCCCCCGACUUUGUCCAACAUAAGUUCCACUGGUGCCACUGCAAUCCCUAUCAAGGGUAACAGCAGCUCUGACCCAGAAGUUCAAGGUAUCGAUACUGAAUAUCUGGCGAAUUUGCUAGACAAUUGGUCAGAAAGCGAGCAUGCGCACUUGCCAAAGCCACGCUUGCUAUACACGAUUCCUACUGGUCAAAAUCCCACAGGUAUGACUUUGUCCUUGGCCAAAAGAAAGGAAAUUUACGCUUUGGCGGAGAAACAUGACUUCUUGAUUGUGGAAGAUGAUCCUUAUGGCUACUUGAGAUUCCCAUUCUACGACUCGCAAAAUCCUAGAUUCAAUCCGUACGAACAUGGCGGCUACACAAUCGAGCAAUACCGCUCCGAAGUUCUUGCCAAAUCUUUCAUAACUUUGGAUACGUCAGGUCGCGUAAUCCGGUGUGAAACCUUCUCCAAAGUCUUUUUCCCGGGACUCAGGCUCAGCUUCAUCGUGGCCAACAAGUACUUCAUCUCUAAACUUGUUGAAUUUGAGGAAGUAUCUACCAGGGCCCCAAGUGGUGUUUCGCAAGCUGUGGUCCAUAAUGUAAUUCAAAAAUGGGCCCAUAGCUUUGACUCUGCCGUGGAAGCUUGGCUUUCGUGGGUGAUGAAAGUCGCUGGCCAAUAUACUCACCGCAGAAAUGUCCUAUUUGAAGCUCUCCAGGCAACACCUGCUUUCCAAAAAGGGCUCUUCACUUUAGUCCCCGUCUCUGCUGGUAUGUUUGCGUUUUUGCAGUUAAACCUAGAUAAAAUCCCUAACCUUGAUAAGCCCGAAGAAGCAAUGAGAGUCCUAGGCUAUAAAUUCAUGGAAGAGGGCGUUCAAGCUGUCCAGGGGGUGAACAUGGCUGUUUGCAAGAAGUUUUCAUUCCACAGAUCUCAAUUUUUGAGAGUCACCUAUGCCUAUGCUGCCAAUGACGAAGAGCUACAGGAAGCUUCCAAGAGGCUUUCCAGCGGUUUAGAAAGGCUGGUCGAGGCUUAUGCCAAAUAA